AUGGAACACCUUUGCGACGAAUCGACCAUUUACGUGAUCGUGCUCCGCGUCACGGCUGUUCUUAGCAUAAUUAUUAAUUUUGGGACGGCCAUUGUCAUCUACAUCGCUUCGCCGCCAAAGAUGCAUACUUAUCGAUAUCAUUUACUGUGGUACCAGUUUUGGUCGACGUCUUUUGAAUUGAUCAUUCAUCUCGCUGAAGCGCACGUCUUCUUCCCAGCCCAUGCGUUCAAGUUGGCGGGCAUGGCCUACACCUAUUUUGGAAUUGGUAUCCGGGAGAUUUUUAUGUUCGGUGGCGUCGUCGUGUUUGGCGCGGUCGAAGCCACGGGACAAUGCAUCCACUAUCGCCAUCGAAAGCUGCUCCCCGUCAAUCACCCACUGCGGGCUUGGUGGAUCACGAUCGCGAUCUUGUUGCCGAGCAUCAUCUACUAUCUGGUUUCGUUUCUGUGGAGUUGCGCUCAGAUCGUCUGCACGACGGAUGUCAAGAGCCAGACAGCCGUGGCGCUACUCAGUCGGUUCCCCGAGUAUCGAUGUCUGAGCACGCUUCCGGACGUCUUCUACUGCGAUGCGCUGCAACCGACCCCGAUCUUUGGCAUCGCCCCCAUUUUUCUGAUUUGCAUCAUCGUCGUUCAACUGUCAGUGGAGGGUGUUUCGCUGGCCGGUUUCUACCUCUCGCACAGCUUCUACUUGCUGGACCGUGCGACGACGAUGAGCGAAAAGACUCGGAGGCUGCAGAAGCAGCUUAUCGUCAACCUUGGUAUCCAGGUUGCAGUCCCUUUGUGCACAUUGCUGAUCCCGUGGUGCGUCUAUGCAUAUAUUGUGACAGUGCGGUGGCUCGUUGAUCCAAAAUCGGCAAAAAGUGCUUCUUGGCAUCGACGGCGCGCGCACGGCCAUGUCAUCGAUUGGGCUUUUCUAACCGAGUUGCGAGAGUUGCAAUCGAAAGACAGACCGUUGAAGUCGCUGGUUUACCCAGACCUUGGCGUGACACGCGAUCAGCUCUUCUUCUACGCCCAGGCCAUCCCGUUCUGCGUGCCCUAUGACUGGUCGCAACACAUG